GGUAUGAACACGGACCCAUAUUCAGAAUGUCGAACGAAAACAGGCAGCUAGUCAUUGUCGGCACGGGGAUUUCUCAUGGUAAGUGUCCACUGCUUCGCGGCUUGUUCUGCUAUGUAUACGUAAAUACCUAACCCCCGUUAGCUCUAGCCCCCGCGAUCCACAAUUUUAUCUCCAAGUCAAUAAACCUGCCUUAGAAAUUUGGCCUUGCAGACACGCCGGAUAUUGAUGGAUUCAUCUCCCGAAUGCGCGAUCCAUCGUGGGUAGGGGCUGUGGUCACCUUGCCUCACAAACGGAGUGUAAUUCCCCUUCUGGAUGAAGCUGAUGAACAUGUGGCGGCGCUUAGGGCUUGCAACGGUAUCUGGAAGACAAAUGAUGGUAAGCUCGUGGGCACCAACACCGACUGGCGAGGCGUGUAUGGUAGUCUGAUCGCAGCAACCGAAGAGGGGAAGGAAAAGCCUGCCAUAGUUAUCGGCGCUGGUGGUGCCUGUCGUGCAGCGGUAUAUGCUCUCGCAAUUCACCUAAACGCACCAACAAUCUACAUUAUCAAUCGCGAUGCACAGGAAGUCGCCGACCUACUGAAGGACGUGACCGAAGGUUACACAUCUGCUGGCCUAGUCGUUCCUUCCAUCGUACACGUUACCUCCGUCGACGAAGCCCACUCCCUUGCAACACCUUAUUAUAUCGUCGGGACCGUUCCAGACUUCCCUCCCGUGUCGCCUGCAGAAAUCACCGCACAAGAUAUUCUUGUCGCCUUCAUUCAGCAACCCGAGAAGGGUGUUCUGCUCGACAUGUGCUAUAAACCUCGCGAGACACGGCAUUUGAAGCUUGCAAAGGAGGGGGGUUGGAAAACCGUUGAUGGAGUCAAUAUAAUUGCGUGGCAGAUCGAGACACAGUGGCCUUUAUGGGCUGGCGAAGAGAAAGCUAAACAGAUCCCUGCAGAUGAGGCUAGGGCGGUCUUGUAUAAGGCAGCUUUGGGUCAAGGAGAAUAAAAUCCGGAAGACUGUUGAAUAGAACAGACCUACAUCUGUCAUAGUGUUCCUUCCUUUGUUGCAAAUCUCGGCUGCUUACUUGUCAAGAGGUUAAUUGGUAAGAAUUCACUUACUGAGGGACUAGAUAGAGCGAGAGUUCCGAAUUUUCAAGAAUAUUCUGGUUGAAAAACAUGCAGUAGUUGAGUAGCUGAAAAAUCGUCAUCA